AAUGAACUGGAGGCAAAGCUAACGGAAGCAUUUGAUCUUUUCGAUCACGAAAGAAAUAAAACCAUUGAUUUUCGUGAACUGGGAACCGUUAUUCGAGCGGUUGGUGGUGUGCCUACCGAAGCUGAAGUAUUACAGCUUGUGCGGCAGGGUGCGAGCGAAGAGGAAAUACUGCGAGCAUUAUCGGUGCUUGAUACUGAGAAAAAGGGUUAUUUAACUGCAUCCGUUAUGGAAACCCUCAUGAGCACGGAAGGUGAACCAUUCACGGUGGAUGAAGUCGAAGAAAUGCUCGCAGCCGCCACGGAUACAACGAAAGGCAAAAUCGUUUGUCGCGAAUAUGCUAUUUUACUGACAACAUACAAUGAUGAACUCUUUUAA